AUGUCCCUCUUCUAUCUCUCUCAUGUGUCCUUCCUUUCUUUUAUUUGUCCUUCCUCUCUUUUAUUUGUCCCCCCUCCCACUCUUGUGACCCUCUUCUCUCUCUCUUUUUUGACCCUCUUCUCUCACAUCCCUCUUCUCUCUCUCUCUACGCGUCCCUCUUCUUUCUCUCUCUCAUGUAACCCUUCUCUCUUUUUUCAUGUCCCUCUCUAUCAUUCUCUUUCUUAUGUGUCUUUCCUCUCUCUUCCCACCCCCUUUUCCUUUGUGUCUCUCCUCUAUCUCUCUCUUGUGACACUCCUCUAUCUUUCUUAUGUGUCCUUUCCCUCUCUCUCUCUUAUCUGUCCCUCUACCUCUCUCUCUCUUAUGUGUCCUUCCUCUACCUCUCUCUCUUUUAUAUGUCCCUCCCUCCCUCUCUCUCUAUGUCAGUCCUCUUUCUCUCUCAUGUGUCACUCCUCUUUCUCUCUCUUAUGUGUCUUUCCUCCAUCUCUCUCAAUCUCUCUUAUGGGUCCCUCAUCUAUCUAUCUCUCCUAUAUGUCCGUCCUCUAUCUCUCUCUUAUGUCCUUCCUCUCUCUCUUGUGUGUAUCUCAUCUAUCUCUUUUGUGUGUCCUACCUCUCUCAUCUGUUCUUCGUUCUCUCAUGUUUUGCUAUUCUAUCUUUUACUCUCUUAUGUGUUCCUCCUCUAUUUCUCUCUCUCUCUUAUGUGUCACUUCUCUAUCUCUCUCUUAUGUGUCCCUUGUUAUGAUUCUCUUAUGUGUCCUGCCUCUACCACUCUCUUAUGUGUCCAACCUCUCUCUGUUAUGUGUCCCUGCUCUAUCUCUCUAUCACUUAUGUGCCCCUCCUUUAUCUCUGUCUCACUCGGGUGUCUCUUCUCUGUCUCUCUCUUGGGUGUCCCUCCUCUAUCUCUCUCUCUCUCUUGGGUGUCCCUUCUCUACCUCUCUCUUUCUUGUGUGUGCCUCCUCUACCCCUCUCUCUCACUUAUGUGUGUCUGCCCUACCUCUAUCUCUAUUAUGUGUGCCUCUUCUAUCUCACUUAUACUCCUCCCCUGUCUCUCUCUUAUGUGUCCCUCCUGUUUCUCUCUUAUGUGUCCCAACUCUGUCUCUCUCUUUCUCUUAUGGUCCCUCAUCCCCCUCUCUCUGUGUCCCUCCUCUCUCUCUCUCUCUCUCUUAUAUGUACAUCAUCUAUCUCUCUCUCUUAUGUGUACCUCCUCUGUGUUGUGUCUCUCUCUUAUGUCCCACCUCUCUCUCAUGUGUCCUUCUUUUUCUCUCACUUUUAUGCAUCUCUCCUCUAUCUAUCCCUCUGUCCCUCCACUUCUCUCUCUCUCUCUGUAUUACACCUCUUUCUCUCUGUUUCAUAUGUGUCCUUUCUCUAUCUCUCUCACUCUCUCUUAUGUGUCCCUCCUCUUUCUCUCUUUCUCCUAUGUGUCCUUCGUCUAUCUCUAUCUCUUAUGUGUGUCCCUCUUCAAACUCUCUCUCUCUCUUAUUUGACCAUCUGCUAUCUCUCUUGUAUGUGUCUUUCCUCUAUCUCUCCCUCUCUUGUAUGUACCUCAUCUGUCUCUCUCUCUUAUGUGUCUCUUAUCUCUCUCUUAUGUGUCUGUUCUCUAUCUCUCUCUCUUGUGUGUCGAUCCUUUAUCUCUCUCAUGUGUACCCCCCUCUAUCUCUCUUAUGUGUGUCUCCUCUCUCUCUUCUGUCCCUUUAUCUCUCUGUUAAGCCAGGUAUGCAGAUGACUAAUUCAUCUGUCACCGAUAUAGCCAAAGUGUUAAAGUCUGUGCUUGAGUCAGUUGCCCACCCGAUUCAUGAUGACAUUUUUAACAGCAUGGUCAAUCGGUAUGUAGCUGCACGUCUUGAUGGUUUAGUGAAUUAUCAGCAAUUUCUUAUGCGAAUGCUGCCUUGGCGUUCUGACAAUGGAAGAUCACUUGCUGGAGAAAUGAGGAGAGUCAAUCCCAGCAUCAGUGCUGAGAGAAACCAACCUUACAAUUUUGUUACUGCCAGUGAAUUGCCAGCACUUUUGGCCAAAUUAACUCAGAACCACUACCAUAAUGUCACAAAGGGCUAUUUGACAUUUUCAAAAGCUGGUAAAGAUAUCCUUACCAUGUCUACAUUAAAAAAUUUUCUCAAGGCCUUUAAUAUUUCUAUGAAUGAAAAUGAAUUCAACAUUUUGUGGAGGCAAUGUGAUCCUGAAUACAAAUGUUAUAUCACUUAUGAAGAGUUCUUGGAAAGAUGUGGUUUGGAAGAGGUCUACAAAGGAAGCACUGAAACAGGAUCUUCUAAAUAUGUUCUUAUAUGGAAACUUAUGGACAAAGAACCAUAUAUAAAUAUGAACGAGGAAAACACUUAUGGGUUAGAUUAUGCACCAGAUAUAAUGGCUGGAGAUAGCCGUGUACCCUUGAACCCAGAACAAUACUUAAGAGAAAGCCUCCUUAGAAUGCCUCUUGAAAUAUGGAAAGCUAUUUCAGAUUUGGGCAUGCAAAAAGGUGAUCUAGUUCCUGCUGCUAAUCUACAAAAUUUGCUGACCACCUAUGGAAUUAAAAUGACUGAUAAUGAAUGGAAACGUGUUCUGCUACCAUUUCUUAAUGAGAAUGGAUUAAUAAACAUCAAAUUAUUCAUCAGUAAUCUUCUGUAUGGAAAGACAUUUCCAUCGCAAUCGGUUGACGAUGAAGGUCACUUAAGUUCAAAGUACCUAAAAGAAAUUGAAAAAAUUAUUUCAACCUACAGUAAUGAUUUCCUUGUGGCCUGCAAGGAAGCAGAUUUUGCAUUUCUGAAUACAAUUUCGCAAGAAACAUUCCAAAAUAUUUUGAAAAAAUUUGGAAUUGAUAUGGACCAAGCAACAUUCCUCAAGUUUUGGUCUUUGCUGCCAGUUAAUGAAUAUGGUAAUUUAAUGUACAUAGACUUCUUAAAGUGGAUAAAUGCUCGAAAAGUCAAACCUUACAUGUUUAGAAGACCUUCCACCACAGUAAGUCGUGCUUAUGAACCAUGGAAACCCCCUGGUCCACAUUUAACAAAUGCAGUUCGUACAUCUGGAGAAAUUUUACCAUUGGAGGUUCAUACAGCCCGACGUAGAAGAAGAGCAGCAAUAGUAAAUGCUGCAUGGAAAAAAUGCCAUGAAAGGCCAUCUUCAUUCGCAUCAACUAAGCUAGUUAAUGCUGAGCAAGUUGAGCACCUAAUCAAAGAUGUAAUCUUGAGCCACUGGAAACUGAUUCAGAAAAAAUGCAGAUUGGAAGACCCUGAUUGUACAGGUUGCAUAAAGCCAGAAAAAUUUAAAGAAAUUUUGCUUCACUACAUGAAAAACCUUGAAGAUGAAAAAUUUACCAAACUGAAAGAGAAAUUUGACAUCAAGGGGGAUGGAACUAUUGCAUACAAGGAUCUGAUCCGUUAUUUUGUUUUGGGUCUAAAGCCAACUCGGAUAGCUCAUGGUCAGCGUAGGUUACUAAGAAAACCUGAAAAGGAUGAGUUUGACACUGUGCCCACUGAAGGUUUGCUUGGUGAGGCCUUGAAAAGACUGCGUCAGUGUGUUAUCAGGAACUGGAGGCUGAUGCGACGAUCAUUUCAAGUUGCUGACCCAUCUAAGAGUGACCGUGUGGAUAUAAUAACCUUCCGACAAAUUCUCAAGGCCCAAAAUGUGAAUCUUACCGAGGAAGAAUUUUUUCAGAUUAUGUCCUUUUAUGACAAAGAUUUCUCGGCGUCUAUUAACUAUAAUUCAUUUUUAAGAGCAUUUCUACAAAACUGGUGA